UCGUCCGCGCCUUCGCUAUCGCUUCGCGCAGCCUUAUCCAUGCAGGCCCAGCGAGAGCACCACCGCUCGCCGCUCCCGGAAGCCGGCGCCCGCGACGCGCUCGAUGGAACGCCGCGCCUGAGCUAUCCCUCUCCCUGACUCGCGCUCCCAGCGCCCCGCGCGCCGCGCGCCGCGGCUGAUGCCGCUCGCCGGCAUUGCCCUCGCGCCUCUCCUCGUCUCCCCCCUCGCGCAAUCGCCUCGCCGUGGCUGCGUCGCCGCGAGAAGGCCGAGCGCUCUCCGGCGAGCUCGGUGCUCGGCCGCAGCCGCUUCCGGUGAAGCCGGGGAGGCCGGUGAGCUGCCACGGGCGACGCUACUCUGGAGGGCGGCGAAGCUGCCCAUAUACUCUGUUGCGCUCGUGCCACUCACGGUAGGGAGCGCCUGUGGUUAUCAUCACGCAGGCUUAUUCUUUGCCAAACGCUACUUUAUUAUCUUGGCAGCGGCAGUCCUUGUGAUCACUUGGCUCAAUCUGAGCAAUGAUGUCUUUGAUUCAGAUACUGGGGCUGACAAGAACAAGAAAGAAUCUGUUGUUAACAUUAUUGGCAGUCGAGCAGUGACACAAAAUGCUGCAAAUGUUUCUCUUUUCCUCGGCUUUGCUGGGCUAUUUUGGGCCUUUACAGAAGCCGGUGAUGCUAGAUUCAUUUUCCUGGUGAUGUGUGCAAUCUUCUGUGGUUAUGUUUAUCAGUGUCCUCCAUUUCGAUUAAGCUACCAAGGACUAGGUGAGCCUUUGUGUUUUGCUGCUUUUGGUCCAUUGGCAACCACAGCAUUCUACUUCUCAAGCAGCAACGUAAAUAUUGCAAGUGGAACGGCACUGCUCCCUCUCACCAAAACAGUUACAGCUUCAUCAGUCCUUGUUGGGUUGACAACUACUCUGAUACUCUUCUGCAGCCAUUUUCAUCAGAUUGAUGGAGAUCUUGCUGUUGGGAAGAUGUCUCCCCUGGUCAGAGUUGGCACUGAAGCAGGAUCACGAAUAGUGGUCGUUGCUAUUGCCACGCUUUACAUUCUCUUGGCUGCAUUUGGCGUAUGCAAAGCUCUUCCAUCAGCUUGCACUGUCCUUUGCGCUCUUACUCUGCCAGUGGGCAAAUUGGUUGUGGAUUAUGUGCUGAAAAAUCACGAGGACAAUGCUAAGAUUUUCAUGGCGAAGUACUACUGUGUGCGGCUGCACGCUCUGUUUGGGAUGGCGCUGGCUUCUGGUUUGGUCUUGGCCCGAAAUGGUAUACUAGCCUGACAGAUGAGAAACCUUGAAAUCCAUGGGAGGGAUCCUGAGCAGAGAGCACCACCCUGCAGACAGCCUUCCAUUGCAUUGCGUUCUGAACUUCUGAACGCUGAGAUUUGGUGCAGUACUGAACUGGCGCAGAUUUGCCAAGAAAUGGAAAGGAAAUGCCAGGGAGGUACUCGGUGCCCACUGGCCACUGGGCCGUAUUAGACGUCAAGUCCAUGUUGCUGGUUGAGUUGGCUUGCUUCAGCAUCCGGUUUUUGCCAGUUGCACGUCUUCUACGCUUUGACUGGCUCAGCUUGCUCAUGCAGGGUCAGGUUGCCGUUGCACAUAUAGCCGUAUAGGAGGAUCCCAAUAUGAAUUGAAUUCCAAGCCAGGACGAGUCAUGUUCAAGCAUUACUUCUCUGUACAAACGUACCAACUGGCCAUGUAGAUUUGUGGGGAUUUCACACGCCCUUGUGUUUCACAUUUUGCCUUCCCUGGUUGGUGGUUAGCCAGCUACCGUGCAGGUUUUGUAAUUGGCUAAUUGCAAUGUCUUGUUUCAUCUCUUUGUCCGGACAAGUAAACAAUGGUAAUACAACCAAACAUGUAAAACAAAUGCAAAUAUGCAACCAUAUCAUCUUAAGAGAA